AAGGCUACAGGCCUCGCCUCCCUGAAUGAAUGCUCUCUUCCUCGUGACUUACGCUCCAGUUCCGAGAAGCAGAGCCUCCCCUACAAAUUGUUAAGCUCGUACACUUUGUAGUCCAAAUUACACAUUUGUCCCCGUGAUGCAUAAGUCCUUUAACACGGUCGGCUUUUACGAAAGCCCCACUUGCCACCUAUGUCUGUCAGCCAUAAAGCGGUUAAAAGUACGACGAUGCCCGAACAAAAUCGGAGGGUUACACGGUCAUUUCAGCUUUAACCAGUGUCGGUUACCUGUUUUAUGUCCAAAACCCGCGGUUUUUACCAAUUUUCCAGGUGCGCUUUAUUUGGCGGGUACGAAAAAAAGUAAACAAAAAAAAAAGUUAGAGAGCAAAAACAAAAUAAAAAAAGGGAACGAGAAAAAUCAAACAAACCUAAAAAAGGCUCUCGAACCCAUACCGUACGGAAUUAGAGAGAAACAAACAUAAGAGAGAGAACAAACAGUAGCUCAGUUACACUGAAAGAAUCUCCCUCUUCGUUCUUCUUCGUUCUUCUUCGUUUUCCUCCUUAUUCUUCUUAGUAAAUUUCCACUCUCGAUCGAGCUCUCUCCAAUCAUUCUAGAACAUUCCAAAAUUCUCUGUAGAACCUCCUUUUUUUAAAAUUUUUUUUCUGUAAAGUCGGUAAGUACUACUGUACAGAAUUCCACAGAAAAAACCGUUUUGAUGGAGAUGUACGGUCGAAACCCGGCAUGGAAUGGGUCUCAAUCUGGUCACCAGCCCGAAUGGAGCCCCGCCGGUGCCGAAACUGGCCUGGAAGAAUCUAUGUUGCAAUUGUCGUUGAGGGGCACCGAGCCGUACCCUGAACGGCCCGGGGUAGCUGAUUGUGUUUACUACAUGCGAACCGGGUUUUGUGCAUAUGGUAACAGGUGCCGUUACAAUCAUCCACGCAACCGUGCCGCGGUUGAGGCUGCUGUAAGAGCUACAGGGGAGUACCCCGAUCGACCAGGGGAACCUGCAUGUCAAUUUUAUUUAAAAACUGGGACCUGUAAAUUUGGUGCAUCUUGUAAGUUCCACCAUCCAAAACAUGGAGGUGGAUCCUUUAGCCAUGUUCCAUUGAAUAUUUAUGGAUACCCAUUACGACCGGGUGAGAAAGAAUGCUCCUACUAUUUGAAAACGGGGCAGUGCAAAUUUGGUAUUACUUGUAAAUUCCAUCAUCCUCAACUAGCUGGCACAUCAAUGCCAGUAUCUGCACCUCAAUUUUAUCAGCCGGUGCAGUCUCCUUCAGUCCCUAUACCUGAACAGUAUGGUGGGGCGUCCAGCAGUGUCAGAGUGGCAAGGCCUCCAUUAUUACCUGGUUCAUUUGUUCAAGGGGCUUAUGGUCCUGUACUGUUUUCCCCUGGAGUGGUUCCUAUUCCUGGUUGGAGUCACUACUCGGCACCUGUAAGCCCAGUACUCUCUCCUGGUGCGCAACCUGCUGUUGGAGCAACUUCUCUUUAUGGACUAACGCAACUAUCUUCUUCAACACCUUCACUUGCAGGACCUUAUCCUUCCUUGCCCUCUUCUACUGGCCUUUCAAGCAGUAACCAGAAGGAACAAACAUUUCCAGAGAGACCCGGAGAACCUGAAUGCCAUUACUAUAUGAGGACUGGUGACUGUAAAUUUGGAUCAUCAUGUAGGUAUCAUCAUCCCAGAGACAGGGUUGUUCCACAAACAAAUUGCGUCCUCAGCCCAAUGGGACUUCCUUUACGUCCAGGGGUGCAGCAUUGUGCUUUCUACUUGCAGAAUGGGCAGUGCAAGUUUGGGCCCACAUGCAAAUUUGAUCAUCCGGUGGGAACAAUUAGAUAUAGUCCAUCAGCGUCAUCUCUCAUUGAUAUGCCUGUUGCUCCCUAUCCAGUUGGGUCUUUAUUGGCUACAUUGGCCCCGUCUUCCUCUUCUUCUGAAUUACGGCCUGAACUGAUUUCAGGUUCUAAGAAGGAUUCUUAUUUGAGCAGAAUUCCUUCUUCUGCAAGCACAUCUAGUAGUUCAGUUGGUUUGAUUUUUUCGCAGACAGGUUCCGUUCCCCUUUCUGAUUUGCAAUUUUCAAGUCAGAGUUCUGGUCCUUUAAGCAGUAGUAGAAGCACAAGACAGAGUGGUGAGGUUCGUCGCUCAAAUUGAUGUAAAAUGCUAGAGCCAUUCUUCAUUAUCUUGCAGAUAUGGUUUCACCAACCGUGAUAUGUUUUCUGUUAAUAGAUCUCAGUAAAUUAUAGUCAAUUGUGCAAAGUUAUAUUUCUCUGCAGCAAGGUUUAUCAACCGAUCUGCCUUAACCUCACAAUAGGACUGGUAGUUUUUUAUGCCUAGUUUGACUUUUUAUUACCGUCAAUAUUAUCUGCAAUAAGCUUCUGUAGCAAACAGAAUGUGAACUACUACCCCUCUCUUCCAAAUAAUCACAACAGAAAGCCAUUACAUCAGGUUAGCCUGUGACUCUCCUUUCAACUUGAUGUUUUAUAUACUCAUCCAUAUUUGCAAUGAAGAUUGAAGUGGAUUGCCAGUUCCUUGUAUGACUUAACUGUUCUUCAUGCCUUUUAUCACUUGAUUAUACCGACAACCCUGCUGUGUAGUACCGCUAUGCCCCUCCCUUUAUUUUUUCUCUGUUUAGGCCACUCUCCUCCAAGAAUUUAAGGAGAUACUUGCAAUUUUGGUAUUGCUAUGCUUAUCUUUUGAAAUCAGAGACAAAAGGUGUUGGUAUUGCCACAUUCUUUGAGGGUGCGCGUAGGAAAAGCUUUGGAAGGCUCGAGGGAGUUGCAACUUGUUAGACACAGGACAAAGUGCGAUCUUUGAGGGUUCAACUUAUUUAUAGGAAGAAGAUGGAAACCUAUUGCUUCAUUGAUUUACAUAUAUGAAACAUCGUUGAACCUCAAGAAUCACUUUAUAAUAUGAUUACUGGUUAGAAACUUAGAAUUGCUGUAGAAUCCCGGCAAUCUAUUGAACUUCUAACAUCGACAAUGCAUUUAUCAUUGUGUAUCUUUUUGCCAAUUUCCCUGAUACCCUGUUUUGUUUUGGACUGGUAAAUUUAUGGCUUAUUGCGUUUUUCCUUUUUAUUUAUGGCGAAGGAGUUUGACGAGUCUCAAAACAUCUCAUGGCAACAAAAACUUUGGGUGAUGCUCGUAGCAAGAUCCCAAAGCUUUUUGCUCGCUACUUAUUUGUCACUUUCUUGUUUCUGCUGAACAACUCUUCUUGGGUACAUGUUAAAAAAGCCCCUUUCACCAUCUACAUUAGGCGCUAUUCUCGUUAGAAAGGAGGCACUUUCCUUGGAUUUUCCCCGUACAGUGUUCUGGCAAUCUCUAUCCUUAAUCAGCACAAGUUAACCAAUUACCUAUUCUAGUCUGUCACGAACCGUAAAUCCAAAAGAUGUGCUUCCUUCUGCCGAAGAGAGGUGUUGAGGGGUGUUUGCUGUAAGCUCAGUGAGCCAAUUCUUUGCGGUUGCUGCUGGCUCAGGCCACCAUCCAUCAAUCAUGGGCUGAUAUGUGAAUUUGUUCUGGGUCAGUCUCUGGAUUAUGAUAGUAACAUGCAUACCGAGUAGAACAUUGCAGCCAACAUUGAGGCAAGCAAUAUUUUACUCUACCAUUCUUGGAUAACAAAAUUUUUUACAUGUUCUGAGUUCUGUCCGAUUGGAAUUGUAAGAAAGCGAGAUUGCAUUUACUGUGUUAAAAAAUUCA